AUGGCCUUCUUCUUCACCUGUGGAACUCACACCUUCAACUCGCUGCUGCAAGGCUACGAGAACAUCCAAGCGCAAUGUCAGAAUUGUGGCAAUUUUAGUGCAAAGGUGUAUAAGAGAUGGGAGUGGUUUACCUUGUGCUUCGUUCCGAUCAUACCAUUUAGUCUCAAGCCACACCAUGAGGUCGGAUGUCAUAUCUGUCACUUCUAUCAAGACAUCAUGCAUCGACCAGAUGUACAGCAGAUGAUGAACAAUCCACAGUCAUCUAUUCCAAUGCAACCACAGCAACCGUACGGAGCCCCACCUCAGCAGUACAAGGCACCGCAAGGACCUCCUCAGUAUGUCUGA